GAAAUUCGAAGCGUCGACGUGUGCUGUGCAAGAUGUACUGUACCGCGAUGGGCGGCGUUCGAUAUUUCGCACAGCCGUGUGCAACACUGCGGCUCGGGAGCGCUCUGGAACGGGGUGGGCGUUGGAGACGCAGUCGGCAAGUCACAUGACGACGUCUCGCGGGGUGUCAGCACAACGCAUGGUUGCUACUUGAUCAGAGAGAUGAAGUCACCGGUACUAGUGAACCCUCGCCGACGAGAACACGGAUGCCGCUAUCAAGGUGGUACUGAAGUGGUAUUACUGUACGUAUGGUCGACGCUAUGA